AUGGCGCUGCCGCGGCGCGCGUUCACUUUGCUGCAGCAGACGCUGCAGCAGCUGGAGCUGCUGCAGCAGCACGAGGCUCGGGCCCAGGAGGCAGCAGCAGCAGCAGCAGCAGCUGCUGCUGCUGCUGAAGCAGCAGCUGCUGCUAAGAAAAACAAACCAGCUGCCGCUUCAAAACCCGAGGAUGCUGCAGGUGGAGCAGCAGCAGCAGCAAGAGCUGAAUCUGCUGCUGCAGCAAAAGCAGAGAGAGAAUACCAGCAGCAACUUGGGGUGCUUCAAACCAGCAGCAGCAGCAGCAGCAACAGCAGCAGCAGCAGCAGCAACGCCGACUCCACUUUGCUGCAGCAAAACAAAAAUCCGCUCUUCCAGGAUAUGCAAACUCGAGUUGUAGGGCUGGAUGCGCUUCCUUCUGCUGCUCUGCAGCAAAUAGCUGCGAAGCAGCAGCAGCAGCUGCUGCAGCAGCAGCAGCAGCAGUUGCUGCUGCUGCAGCAGAAGCAAGAAUCAAUGGCCGACGAUCCCGCUGCUACAGAGGCCACAGCAGACGCAGCAGCAGCAGCAGCAGCAGCAGCAGCAGCAGCAGCAGAAGAUGCUGAUGCAGAGGAAGCAGCAAACAAAGCAGAGGCAACCCAAGAACCCUCAACUUACUCCCCAGGUAAAGCGGAUGCAAAGAAAGGCAGCAAGAAGGAGAAGGGCAGCAGCAAACUGCAGAAGCAAUCGAGCAGCAGCAGCAGCAGCAGCAGCAGCAGCAACGAGGAUAGAUUUGGGGAUGAGCUGCGGCUGCUGCUGCUGCCGCUGCAGGCUGUUGCUGCUCAGGACCCCCUGGGGGGUGAUGUAGCAGCAGCAGCAGCAGCAGCAACAGCAGCAGCAGCAGCAAGUGCAGCAGCAGCAGCAGCAGCAACAACAGAAGGAGGCAAACAAAAGACAACAGAAGAGAUACUGAUUGCUGCAGCACAAUCAUCAGCAGCAGCAGCAGCAAGUGAGGGCGAAGCAAGUUCUGCUGCUGCUGCUGCUGCAAAACAAAAGACAACAGAAGAGAUACUGAUUGCUGCAGCACAAUCAUCAGCAGCAGCAGCAGCAAGUGAAGGCGAAGCAAGUUCUGCUGCUGCUGCUGCUGCUGCAGCAGCAGCAGCAGCAGCAGCAGAAAUAAAAACUGCAGCACUAGCAGCAGCAACAGCAAAAUCAACAAACAGCAGCAGCUGCGUCAGCAGCAACAGAACUGCUAUUGCUGCUGCAUUGAGAGAGAAGCUGCUGCCUCCUGUUGCUGCUGCAGCAGCAGCAGCAGCAGAUACAAAACUGCAGCAGCUGCUGCAGCAGCUACGUCUCGAGCUAGAUAAUAUAAAAACAAAAACAACAAAAAAAAACAACAAAAAAAAAACAAAAACAAAUAAACAAAAAUGCUGCAAGUGCACCCCCGCUAUCCUAGGGCCCCCAAACAACUUUCUUAGCGAUCUCACACAGGGGGGAGUUAUACGCCAAGUGCAGCCCUUCGAUAUUUCUUCUUUUUUUGAUGGUGGUGUUGCUGCUGCUGCUGCAGCAGCUAGCGGCAGCAGCAGAAUACCAUCUGCUGCAGCAGCAGCAACAAUUGCUGCUGCUGCUGCUGCUGCUAAAGAAGCUGAAACUUCUGCUGCUGCUGCUGCUGCUGCUGCUGCUGCUGCUGCUGCUGCUUCAUCGAAUGCCUCUUCUGCUGUUAGUACCCCAGGCAGGGGUCCCCCCCCAGCAGCAGCAGCAGCAGCAGCAGCAGCAGCAGCAGCAGCGAAACAGGCUGGAGAAGCAACCAACAGCAGCAGCAGCAGCAGCAGCAGCAGCAGCAGCAGCAGCAGCAAAAUACCUUCACUUGCUGCUGUCUUCGAGUGUAUACGCAGCGAGCUGCUGCUGCCUCUUUCUCUUCCUUCUCUCCGCACCCCAAAAACAAUUAAAACUAUUCUUCUCUAUGGACCCCCAGGUGCGGGUAAGAGUUCUUGCGUGCGGUGGUUAGCUGCUGCUGCUGCUGCUGCUUUCAUUGAUUUGUCUCUUUCUGCUGUUUCUAGGGUGUCUGUACACCCCAAGCUAGGAGUUGCUGCUGCAGUGCAUAAAGCUUUUGCUGCAGCAAAGCAACUGCAGCAGCAGCAGCAGCAGCAGCAGCAGCAGGACGAACAGCAGCAGCAGCAGCAGCAGCAGCAGCAGCAGCAGCAGCAGCAGCAAAGGGCUGUGAUUAUAUAUAUCGAUGAUGCUGAGCUGCUGUUUAUACGCGGAGGCAAGGGAAAGAAAGACAAACAUAAAUCUGCUGCUGCUGCUGCUGCUGCUCAGCUGCUGCAGGCACUCAAUGGACACAUAGCAACCGUCAGUGCUGCUGCUGCUGCUGCUGCGACAAACAUAAAUCUGCUGCUGCUGCUGCUGCUGCUCAGCUGCUGCAGGCACUCAAUGGACACAUAG